AUGUCUGUUCUCAAUGAUUCUGAUGUCCAGUUUUUUCUUUUGAUCGGGAUCCCAGGACUGGAACAUGCUCAUAUCUGGAUGUCUAUCCCCAUUUGCCUCAUUUACUUGAUUGCCAUUGUGGGCAACUGCACCAUUCUUUAUAUUAUAAAGACAGAGGCCUCACUCCAUGAACCAAUGUAUUAUUUCCUUGCCAUGUUGUCCAUCUCUGACCUGGGUUUGUCUUUCUCCUCCCUCCCUACCAUGCUGAGAAUCUUUUUGUUCAAUGCUAUGGGGAUUUUACCCAAUGCCUGCUUUGCUCAAGAGUUCUUCAUCCACGGAUUCACAGUCAUGGAAUCCUCAGUGCUUCUGGUUAUGUCUUUGGAUCGUUUUCUUGCCAUUCACAACCCCCUUAGAUACAGUUCUCUCCUUAAUAGCAACAGAGUUGCUAAAAUGGGGCUGAUCUUAGCCUCCAGGAGCAUCCUCUUGGUGCUGCCGUUCCCGUUCACUCUAAGGAGAUUAAAAUAUUGCCACAAGAAUCUCCUUUCUCACUCAUACUGCCUUCACCAGGACACCAUGAAGCUGGCCUGCUCUGACAAUAAGGUCAAUGUCAUCUAUGGCUUCUUUGUUGCUCUCUGUACAAUGUUAGACUUAGCAUUAAUUGUUUUGUCUUACAUGUUCAUAUUGAAGACUGUACUCAGCAUUGCUUCUCUGACAGAAAGGCUCAAGGCUCUCAAUACCUGUGUCUCCCACAUCUGUGCUGUGCUCAUUUUCUAUGUACCCAUCAUCACACUGGCUGCCUGGCAUCGCUUUGCCAAGCACAGAAACCCCCUUGUUGCAAUUCUCAUUGCAGAUACCUUCUUGUUGGUACCACCCCUAAUGAACCCCAUUGUGUAUUGUGUAAAGACUCGACAAAUCCGGGAAAAGGUCUUGGAAAAGUUGUUAUCUAGGAGAUAA